CUUAAUUAGCUCUUCCUCCUCUUUCUUCAAAUUGCUUUGCAGGCUCUCUCCCCCCCACCCUCCUAUAAAUUAAACCCUUAAAGGAUCAAAACAAACCCAUCUGCCUCUCAUUUCUCAGCAUGGAUUUCUUCCACCACGCUCAAAGCCAACAAAAACGCCGGCGCCCACCAAAACACAGCAACAAAAGGGGGCUAACACAUGACCAGGUGAGGCUUCUAGAGAGAGCCUUCACCACCACCAAAAAGCUUGAGCCUGAGCUCAAGCUUGAACUCGCUAAUCAAUUGGGUGUCCCUCCAAAACAAGUUGCUAUUUGGUACCAAAACAGGAGAGCGAGAUGGAAGACACAAAGCUUGGAGCUUGACCACCGUAGGCUACAAGUGAAGCUAGAAAAUGCAUUGGCUGACAAAAGGAGAUUAGAGAGAGAAGUUGUUCAACUCAGAGACGAGUUAAGGGAGGCUCAAAUAAUGGCGUUUGCUUUCAGCCCUGAGAUGGUUCCUUCUCAUCCUGCUCCUUCUCCUCUUCCUUUUCACUCUUGUUUUGAAGGAGGUAGCUUAGCUAGUUUGCAUGAAGACGUGAAUGGUGAGGUCUUGCAAUUUGAUGAGCUUUAUGCUUGUUUGAUUGGCUCUGGUUGAUCAAGCUGAGGUUAGUGGGUUCUUGGCUGAGUUAAACUACGUCUUGUUUUCUGGAAAAACAAGUUUUUGGGGCCACUGUUGUGUAGCUCUGGGAAUUGAAACGCCCUGCUGCAGAGAUUUUGGCUGGAUAAUUGAGUAGGUGCAUGGUCUGCUGAUGAAGGUGACGAAAUAAUGUAUAAUUUCAAUCACUACUCUACUCCAUAUAUGUUUAAUAUCAUUAUGAGUUAUGUUAUGAGUUA